GAAGAAGUCUCAAUAAAAGCAUUCAUUCAUUGUUUGUAAAUUGUGGUGAAAUUGUUAAAUAAGAAAAAAUCAGCAAAUCAUUAAAUAUUCCCAAAUCAUGGCUAUUGAAAGUGCGGAUUCCAAGUCCCAGAAUGCAGUGGCACAACAGGCUAACGAGGAAGAUAAAAUGGACACACAGGAAGCAGUCAACAUAGAAAUGCAUGAGGAAAGAAGCAUACCGGAAAAUUUGCCCAACAACAACAAUGAAACAGCACAAGGUUCUGCUGAAACAAACAUUCAGAAUUGUGAGGAAAUUCAAAUAAACACCGGAGACUUUUGUAUGAUCAAAAGAGCUGAUGGCAAUAGGUAUCCUGCACAAAUUAUACAGUCACGCGAAACAGAGCCCGGUUCAAAUGCAAAGGUUGAAUAUUAUGUGCACUACGUUGGCCUAAACAGGCGUCUCGACGAAUGGGUCUCCAGAGAUCGCAUUACAGAUGCCACUGAAGCAGAUGGCAAUACCACAGGCAAUGGAGUCGAUGUCGACUCCGUGGGUGGUGCAAAAACCAUCAAACAAUUGAGUAAGGAACAAAUAGCCUCGUUAGAAAAUCCCUCGGCAGCUGAAAAUGGCGAUAGAAAGUUGACGAGAAACCAGAAGAGACGUCACGAUGAAAUAAAUCAUGUGCAAAAGACAUACGCCGAGAUGGAUCCGACUACGGCGGCUCUAGAAAAAGAGCAUGAAGCCAUAACCAAAGUGAAAUACAUUGAUAAACUACGAAUAGGACGGUUCGAAAUAGACACCUGGUAUUUUAGCCCAUAUCCAGAUGAUUAUGGCAAGGUUGGUACAUUGUAUGUUUGCGAGUACUGCUUGAAAUACAUGAAAUACCAGAAGACUUACCGUUAUCAUGCCUCCGAAUGUACGCAGCGGCAGCCGCCUGGCAAUGAAAUUUAUAGAAAGGGCACAAUAUCUAUAUUUGAAAUCGAUGGAAAAGAUCACAAAUUGUAUUGCCAACUGUUAUGCCUUAUGGCAAAAUUAUUUUUAGACCAUAAAACAUUGUACUACGAUGUGGAACCAUUCUACUUUUAUGUGCUCUGUGAGAUCGACAAAAAAGGUGCACACAUAGUGGGCUACUUUUCCAAGGAGAAAGAAUCACCGGAAAACAACAAUGUAGCCUGUAUUCUUAUCCUGCCACCAUACCAGCGGAAAGGCUAUGGCAAAUUAUUGAUUGCAUUUAGUUACGAGUUAUCGAGGCGCGAAUGUGUUGUCGGCAGCCCCGAGAAACCUUUGUCUGAUCUCGGUCGUUUGAGCUACCGCAGUUAUUGGGCCUACACAUUGCUAGAGCUAAUGAAAGAUUGUCGGACAACAACACAAAGUAUUAAAGAACUCAGCGAACUCAGUGGCAUUACACAUGAUGACAUUAUCUACACACUGCAGUCCAUGAAAAUGGUCAAGUAUUGGAAGGGGCAGCAUGUGAUCUGUGUAACACCAAAAACCAUAACUGAGCAUCUGCAAUUACCACAAUUUAAGAAACCGAAACUUACUGUCGAUCCUUCCUAUUUGCGCUGGGUGCCACCAAAGAGAUACCCUAGCGGGAAGUUCAGCAAGAAAAUGUAAAUUUAUUUUUCUUUAGCAUUUUUACAAAAUUUGUCUCAAAAUCUAGUUUGUAAUUGCUAUGUUAUAUUUAAUUUAGUUAAGUAAGCACGACCGCACAUUCUCUAAAUUCUGUAGAAAAUAAGUUUAAUCCUUUUCCUAUUAAAUAAAGGGGAUUAUUUAUGUAA